UGGCGUACCAAAACAAAUCCUCCAUCCUUCCGUGCAAUGCGAUCCCGUACCGCCUUCCGGCUCUCUCAGCAAGUUUGUGUGAGCCAGACUGUGAUCAUAGAAAUACUACAGUUCAUGCAUGGUGUGAGGAAUGACGUCCUGGUGUGAUUUAAGCUGGAAAAAGCACGUAAAUAACGACGGCGGAGCCGAACAUUAACCCGCGAUCAACAGGACACCCUCCCCGGUCUAUCCCGACCGCAGAGACAGCGAGGUUUGGUUGAGCUCAGAAGAGCCCAAACAGAUCACACUCACAGGUGGGACGGACAGACAGACAGACGGUGGUUUGAAGUUGACAAAAAGAAUCUGGCUCCGCCUCCUCUCCAUGAUAUGACAUCACUCUGCGGUUACCACAGAAACCAGGGCUCCACUGCAGACGGUUGACAGCCAGGCAGGUGGUCCAAUGGCUGCCCAGGUUGAGGUUGAUACUGGGCGGCCAUGUGUGGUGGGGAGUCAUCUGCACCUUAGUGCUCUCAUAGACUCAAGCACCAAGAGCUUAAUGGAGAGUUCAGGUGGCCCCCAGGGGCCACUUAUUAAUGCCUCAGAGCCUAGCAAACCUGUCCCAGGCCCCAAGCCCAGACUCACUCCAAAACCAUACACUGUGGAAAAAAAUCCAUCUAUACGCCCCAUUCUUGCUCCCAAACCACAUCCAAAACCUAGGUCUGAGUCCACUCGACCAGUUUCCUACAAGCCAGACCUACCCAGCACACCUAAACCUCAGCCAGCCAGUAAACCUAGUCUGCCAUCUGCCUCUAAAAUGGGCCCCAAGCCCAGUGGACAAACAAACAAACUUGUGGCACAACCCUUUAAACCAGCACCUACCAUUGCCUCUGUUGAUUCCAACAAGUUUAGAACAUCUCAUACUGGAGCCAUGCUAAGAAGAACAAGUUCUGGAAACAAAACCGAUGGUCAUGCCUCCACUCCUGGUGCUGAAUGGCCAUAUUUAUCUCGGAAAAAGCAGUCUGGCCCUUCAAUCACUCGUGCUAAAUCAUUAGGCUUCUUAUCAGAGAUUGGACUGAAUUAUGAGGACAGUAAAGAGGAGACUGGUGCCAUGGAUGAAAAUUCUCCAACUGUUCUUCGGCCCCAAACGAAAGGAUCCAGACCGAGACCAGUUUCAGCUGUGUUCCUUCAAAACUCUGCUCAGUCUGAGCCUCAGGUUAUACCCCCUACACCUGCGCCUCGUUGGGGAAAAGCACGACCCCUUUCAUCUGACCUUACCUCAAAGUUUGAGUCAAUUGGUCUCUCCCUUAACCGACGAGCGGCCCAAGAGGAUGGGAAAGAAAACACUCCUGAAACUCCAGAGGAUGUUAGAGUUGUACCUCAAGAGAAACAACAUCAUGCUGAUGGGGCGGAAAGGCUAAAAAAGGCCUCUUUGCCAGAAAAUAGGACUCAGAAGAUAAAUCUGAAAGAUGAGGACUCCGAAAAGGACCCUAAAGCUGAGGAUACAGGAGGUAGCAUUAUAAAGAGACGCAUCAGCCUGCUCUUGGACUCUUCUUCCUCAUCCUUCUCAGCUGUGCGUGCAGAUAUGUCAGGGACAGAACCUCUUUCACCUGGGCUGUCUGUCUCUGAAACGGAUGGAGCAAUGGGAGUAAAACAGCGAGUUAAAGAAUUGAACGACGAAGUACCUACUACACUCUCACCACUCCAGAAGCCACAAUAUAAGCCACGGAACCUAGUAUCUGACCGCACUAAAAAAUUUGAAACAGAGCUUGAAGGUCUUAAUUCCAGUGAGUCUAAAGGCCCGCAGCAGGUUGAAGAAGAUCUAAACAAAAAGUUUGAUUACUCUAUAAAUGAAGGACAAUUAAACAGACAGGAGGACAAGAAAGUAUCAAUGAGUGUUCAAGACUUGUCUACACUAUCCACUUUUAGUAAUGAUGGAGUGCAAACAGUACGAGCAUCCAUGUUUGAGCAUGUGGUAGAAAGGCACAAUGUCCAAGUGAUGGAGGAUAACCCUUUACAAGGCCCUAGAGCACAGCGGGAAAGCACAAUUAAACCCAUGCCCAGACGAAACCACUCUUUGCGGAUUCAAGACAGUGCCUUUAAUGCUUUUGAAGAUGAUGAUCCUGGUAGUUUGGUCAAAGCGACCUAUAGAGAGCAAGUUUCUCCUUCUAGCCCUGUACGUGUGGAGCAUGUAUUUGACACAGUGGCAUUGUCUGGAGAGAGCCGUGCUGUAAGUGAGGCUUUGCCAACUGCUCAGCUUGAGGACAGAGCUCUUACCCUACGUUCACGGCGAUCAGCUCCUCAAGUGGAAGAGGGAAAACCUACCCACGAGAUCACUAAUUAUCUAAAGGAUGAUGCAGCCAUGCCACGUUACCUCAGAGUUGGAGCACUGCAGAAAUGGAAUGCCACAGAGACGGAAAUAGAGUUUGAAGCUGAGAGGGAGCGACAAAAAGAGAUGGUAAAAAAGAUGGAAGAAGAAAUACGGAGACAGACGGAAUUGCACAUUGCUGCAGCAGCUGCACUCAAGGAAGAAGAAGAAGAGAGCGAAACGGAAAGGAUGAAAUGGUCAGAAGCACAAAGAGACAGGGAAAGGGAACGAGAGGAAGUUGCAGCACCCAAAAGGCCUAAGAUGCUAGAUGCAGAAGACCAGAUGAACAAACCUAGAGCCACAUACUUUGCUCUGACUGGUCAGAUUCAGGAGCCUGUUUAUCAAGGUGAGCGAGUGCAGGAGGAAGCAAUAUUCAGGAGAGGUAUACACAGAGUAGUGGGUGAAGAGGGCAGUGGCAUAAAUUGUGAGGUUCCAUUUGAUGACUUUGCUGUUAGGUCAGGGCAGUGGGGUACACCGAUGUCAAUUGCUCCAUUUAGAAGAAAUCCUUCAUUAGAUGCAGCAAUGCAGAGGGAUUCGCAGGAGAAUAAAAAUGAAGCUGGACCAAUAACAGACCCCAGAUUACAAGAAAGGGAACGGCAGAAAGCAGUUAGGGAAGGGUUGGAAAUAGACAGACAAAGGAAAGCAGAAAUUGAAAAGGAAAAAGAGUUAGAAAGACAGCGAGAAAUGAAGAAACAACGAGACUUGGAGAUAGAGCAACAAAGCAAAAUUGAAAGACAGAAAAGGAGGGAGGCUGAAAUGCAGAAAGAAAAAGAGAGGCAAAAGGAGUUGGAAAGACAGAGAGAGCAAGAGAGGGAGAGACAGAGACAGAUAGAGAGACAAAGAGAAAUUGAACGUCAGAAACGUGAAAAGGAGCGACUGAAGCAAAUUGAAUAUGAGCGAAUGAAGGCCGCAGAAAGAGAACUUGAACAGCAGAGAGAGUUUGAGAGGCAACGGCAAAAAGAGUUUGAGCGUGAAAAAGAGAGAAUGCUUGAUCAAGAGAGGCUUAGGCUUAGAGAAUUUGAAAAACAGAAAGAGAUAGAGAGAGAAAGAGAGAGACAGCAGGAGUUGGAGAGACAGAGGGAAGUUGAAAGACAAAAACAGAGAGAACUCGAAAAACAAAGAGAGAUAGAGAGGCAAAAGGAGAUUGAAAGACAGCGAGAGUUGCAGAGGCAGCGAGAGCUGGAGAAACAAAAGGAGCUGGAAAGGGAAAAACAGAGACACUUGGAAAGGCAGAAAGAAUUGGACAGGCAAAGGGAACUUGAAAGGCAACAAGAAUUGGAGAGACAACGUGAGAUUGAAAGACAGAAGGAGAUUAAAAAGCAGAAAGAAUUGGAAAGACAGAAGCAGAUGGACCUGGAUAUUGAGAGAUGGAAUCGACAAAAAGCAGACGAGAGGGAGGCCAAGAGUGAACUAGAUGAACUUGAGAAGAUCAAGGAGCUUGAGAAACAGCAGCUUCUUGAUUUUGAGUCACAGAGACUACGGGAAAGGCCACUCCAGCAAGACCAAGUGAGACAAAAAUCAAAAAAAGAACGGGAUGAGAGACAACAUCAGGUUGAAUGGCACAAAGGAACAGAUCAACACCGGAAAGAGAUGGAACAUGAGAUGGCAAAGCCUACAUCUCCACUACGGCCCAAAGUUCUAGAUCUGGAUGCUGUGUCUCUGGGUGUAAGAACUGCUCGGGACAAUCAUGAUAACAGCCCCACUGCUCGAUGGAAGCAGCCCUCACUUCAUCCUGAUGAAAUUUACAAACCAGCUAUAUUAGACAUUGACUCAUUUAAGAGCCAAGCCCAACCUAAUAUCUUCCCUCUAACUGGAUUUGCAAGUUUAGAGUCUGGAAUUGGUGGUUCUAUGACACAAGCUCGUCCACAGGCCACACAAACAAAUAUUCUCCAUUCUCAAGCAGCAUCUCAAGUUCAGUUUCCUCUUCAUCCCCAGUUCUACCCUCAGUCACAGACUUCUUUCCAGCCCUCCCCAACAGAACGUAUGAGAACUCAACUCCCUCCACCUCUCCAACCUCAAGUUCUGCACCAAAUCCAACCUCUGUCACAGCCAUAUGCUACAGAAAAACCUAGGCCACAACCUCACUCAUUAAUUGAGACCUCAAAUUGGGCCUUUGGCGCUCAGCAGUCCAUCUCAGCUUUGCCCUCUGAGCAAACCAGUGUUUGGGCUCAUUCUGAAACAGAGUUGACUGUAGAUGAACCUCUUUGGGUAUCACCCAUGGAGGGAUCCAGAAGGCCAAUCAGCACCAGACCAGGUGGUUUUGAGCAACAAUUUUUGCGGCCAGAGGAUAGAGGCUUAAGUAACAUUUUGGCACCUAGUUCAACCUCUUCCAUGAGUCCAGUCUUUACUCCUGUACAGUAUUCCACUCUUGCACCACCCAUGGUUCAAAUUCAAACCCCUAUGUUUACUGCACAACCAAGUCUUGGUCCCGGUGCAGCACCUAUACUGGCUCCAGAGAGAUGCUGGACCUCAGUACCUUUGAAUGCAGGGUCAAGUGGAGAUUCAGUUUCUUCUCCCCCAACACCAUUAUCUAGGAAAGAGACUUCAAGACCCAGAAGUCAGGCUUCAGCCCUGUCUGUUUCUGAUCCUAUAUGGACUCCAAACUGGGAGCUGGCUUCCCAGGGACAGAGAGAAAACCGUACCUCACACAGGGACAAAGUACAGCAGAAACGUUCAAGGAGUAUGUGUCGAAGAUCUGCCCCCACAGAAAGCUCUGCCGAUGGUCCAGUUGCCCAUGUGAGAACUCGCAGAAGUCGCAGUGCACACAAAGAAAGAGUUGGAGAAAGCUCGGAGCUUAUAAAACAGAGCGUUGGAGGAAAGGAGGAAAAUAAAGACACAGACAAUCUGGUGCAGGAGACUGACAGUCAAUACGGCACCUGGGAGACAGGACUACACACAGAUGACAGCCUCACUCCAGCUACACCUUCAUCAGAAGGGAACCUCACUCCAUCUCCACGAAAGCCCACUCCACCACACACAGCUGACCAACCCCUUCUCAUCGACACUCCAGAUGGCUCAACCACAUCGCCUCGAAAGCAGACAGAGCUUCUGUUCCCAGAGACAUCAACAGCACUGUUAGACACUAGUGUGCUGCGUGGCAGGGUCAAACUGAACCAGAAGAGCACUCGCAGAGCUCCGCCAUCUCGAGCCGCCCGUCACAGUGCACUCCUAACACAAGUACCAGAGGGACCCAGAGACGAUGAAUGGCGCUUCAGGGACUCGACAGAGGAGAAAGCUGACUCUUUUAAGGAGGCGGAAGAGUCUGAUUCUGAGGAGCAGGCCAAGGGAAUCGAGACCCGCACUUCCUCCAUGUCUCUCAGCCUCAGAGAGUGGCUCUUUUCCCUGGAGCUUAUAAAACAGAGCGUUGGAGGAAAGGAGGAAAAUAAAGACACAGACAAUCUGGUGCAGGAGACUGACAGUCAAUACGGCACCUGGGAGACAGGACUACACACAGAUGACAGCCUCACUCCAGCUACACCUUCAUCAGAAGGGAACCUCACUCCAUCUCCACGAAAGCCCACUCCACCACACACAGCUGACCAACCCCUUCUCAUCGACACUCCAGAUGGCUCAACCACAUCGCCUCGAAAGCAGACAGAGCUUCUGUUCCCAGAGACAUCAACAGCACUGUUAGACACUAGUGUGCUGCGUGGCAGGGUCAAACUGAACCAGAAGAGCACUCGCAGAGCUCCGCCAUCUCGAGCCGCCCGUCACAGUGCACUCCUAACACAAGUACCAGAGGGACCCAGAGACGAUGAAUGGCGCUUCAGGGACUCGACAGAGGAGAAAGCUGACUCUUUUAAGGAGGCGGAAGAGUCUGAUUCUGAGGAGCAGGCCAAGGGAAUCGAGACCCGCACUUCCUCCAUGUCUCAGCCUCAGAGAGUGGCUCUUUUCCCUGGCAUGGACCCGUCUGCUUUGAAGGCUCAGCUAAAGAAAAGAGGAGAUUCAGACAAUCAGACAGACGGCCCUUCAUCUUCUCAGCUCUCACGCUCACCCAAAUCUCCAUUCUUGCCUCGAGCUGCUCCCCGUGUGCUGCCCCCUGCUGGUGGCAAGGAGAACGGAGAAGAGUCUUCUCCUCAGUGGCUGAAAGAACUAAAGACUAAAAAACGCCUGAGUCAGUAUGAACCCGACAGUACAGCCUGA